GCUGUUAGCAUUUACUAGCAAUUAUUGAAAAGCUAUUUUUAUUAUAAGUUUUAGUAAAUAUUGAACGUAUUUGCUAUGCGGUGCCUAUUUUGUUAACUUCGUUUUUCACUUUCAGGUGCAGUUUAGAGAAGAACAACAGGCUCGGAUACUUAAAAGGGGGCAGAAAGCUUGAGACUCAAAUGACUGCAAUAUUGUUGUUUUUUUCCCAUUAAAUCUGAAUUUCACGGUGUGCUUUUAAAAAACCCGAAAUUUAUUUGACUACAGAUCUAUCUUAUCCUCUCAUUCACGUCGCAUAAUUUUGAAAACACUCUCUGUUGUGGAUCUGUAAAAUUCUCCCCUGAUGGAUCCGGUUCCAGAUACCAACGGUUCUUCGCGAUCUCCGAGAGGAACGCCAGAAACAAAAAACCAUAAGAAGAAUCUACAAGAGGCCAGGAGAAAAGGCAGAAUGGAUCGGAGCAAAGCUGAGGAGGAGAUGAGCAAUGAACUGCAAAAUCUGGAUGUUCAAGGAAAGAGCAAAGCGGCAGGAACAGGUCUUGUGUAUGUAGACGCCUUCACUCGCUUUCACUGCCUCUGGGAUGCCAGCCAUCCAGAGUGUCCAGCAAGAGUGAGCACUGUAAUGGAGAUGCUGGAGACAGAGGGUCUGCUGGGACGCUGUGUACAAGUGGAGGCUAGAGCUGUGACAGAAGAUGAGCUGUUACUCGUGCACACGAAAGAGUAUGUAGAACUGAUGAAAUCCACACAGAACAUGACAGAGGAAGAACUGAAGACUCUUGCUGAGAAAUAUGACUCGGUUUACCUGCAUCCUGAGUUUUUCAGCUCCGCCUGUCUGUCAGUGGGAUCAGUUCUCCAGCUGGUGGAUAAGGUGAUGACAUCACAGCUGCGUAAUGGCUUCUCCAUCAACAGGCCUCCAGGUCACCAUGCUCAGGCAGAUAAGAUGAACGGCUUCUGUAUGUUUAAUAAUCUGGCCAUAGCAGCACGAUAUGCUCAGAAACGACACAGGGUUCAACGAGUUUUAAUUGUGGACUGGGAUGUGCAUCACGGACAGGGAAUCCAGUAUAUUUUUGAAGAGGAUCCCAGUGUGCUGUAUUUCUCAGUGCACAGAUAUGAAGACGGCUCAUUCUGGCCCCAUCUCAAUGAGUCUGACAGCAGUUCGGUUGGUUCAGGAGCAGGACAAGGCUAUAAUAUCAACCUGCCCUGGAACAAGGUGGGGAUGGAAAGUGGAGAUUACAUCACAGCUUUCCAACAGCUUCUCCUGCCUGUGGCAUAUGAGUUUCAGCCUCAGCUGGUGUUAGUGGCCGCUGGAUUUGACGCUAUGAUCGGUGACCCAAAGGGCGGGAUGCGAGUGAGUGCUGAGUGUUUCUCCAUUCUGACACACAUGCUGAAAGCUGUAGCACAGGGAAAGCUUGUGCUGGCUUUAGAGGGUGGGUAUAACCUGCAGUCCACAGCGGAGGGUGUUUGUGCUAGUGUUAGGUCACUUCUGGGUGACCCCUGCCCUCACCUUCCAUCUGCUGGCGCUCCCUGUGAAAGUGCCUUGAAGUCAAUCUCAAAGACCAUCUCAGACUUGUAUCCAUUUUGGAAGAGUCUUCAGACCUUUGAGGGCGGUCCUCUGUCUGAAGUCUCCCCCCUGCCAGCUCCAGUAUGUGGAGAAGUGAAGGUUUCCUCUCCGAUCACUGGGCUAGUUUAUGACCAGAGAAUGAUGCUUCAUCACAACAUGUGGGAUGGUCAUCAUCCAGAGCUCCCUCAGAGAAUUUCACGAAUCUUCUCCCGCCAUGAGGAGUUGGGCCUGCUGUCCCGUUGCCAUCGGAUACCAGCUCGCCUAGCAACAGAAGAGGAGCUGGCACUCUGUCACAGUUCCAAGCACAUAAGCACCAUUAAGAGUUCAGAGCACAUGAAACCCAGAGAACUAAACAGACUGGGGGACGAAUACAUCUCCAUUUUCAUCAGUAAUGAGAGCUACACUUGUGCCCUGAUGGCUGCUGGCUCGUGCUUUAAUUCUGCACAGGCCAUACUCACAGGCCAGGUGAGAAACGCUGUGGCUAUAGUCCGUCCUCCGGGUCAUCACGCAGAGAAAGACAUAGCUUGUGGUUUCUGUUUCUUUAACACAGCUGCUUUGACUGCACGCUAUGCCCAGAGCAUCACGCGUGAAUCUCUGCGUGUCCUCAUCCUCGACUGGGACGUUCACCAUGGAAACGGCACACAGCACAUCUUCGAGGAGGAUGACAGUGUUCUCUACAUCUCCUUGCAUCGAUACGAAGAUGGGGCAUUCUUUCCGAACUCGGAGGAUGCUAACUAUGAUAAGGUGGGACUAGGAAAAGGCAGAGGAUACAACGUCAACAUCCCCUGGAGCGGAGGGAAAAUGGGAGACCCAGAAUACAUGGCGGCUUUCCAUCACUUAGUGAUGCCCAUAGCAAGAGAGUUUGCCCCAGAGCUGGUGCUGGUGUCUGCUGGGUUUGAUGCGGCACGAGGUGAUCCGUUAGGAGGGUUUCAGGUGACCCCGGAGGGCUACGCUCACCUCACCCAUCAGCUGAUGAGUCUGGCUGCAGGGAGAGUGCUUAUCAUACUGGAGGGAGGUUAUAACCUCACUUCUAUCUCGGAGUCCAUGUCCAUGUGCACCAGUAUGUUGUUGGGAGAUUCUCCGCCUCCUCUAGACCACCUAAACCCACUGAAGACCAGCGCCACUGUCAGCAUUAAUAAUGUCCUCCGUGCUCACGCCCCCUUCUGGAGCUCUCUCAGAGUACACGUUCCAGAGUCUCUACGUUUGUCUCUGCCUUCACCUAAACCAAAAGGCAAACGGACACCGGGGGGGAAGGGUAAGAAAUCUCCUUACCAAUCCACCCCUUCUCAGAGUCCCGGACAGGCAACUCAUCGUUCCGACCAAUCCGGCUUCGAUGAGCUCGCUGCAGAUCUGCUUUCUCUGAAUCUCAACACCAGCACCUCAUCUAACACCAGCCCACAGUCAGUCGCUGUUGGAGGAGCCAGGCGGAAAGUGAAACCCAACACACACAGAGUUUCAGCGGGCCUGGAUUCAGAAUCACCUCUAAAACUCAACCCUGAGAAAGCCAGAGCUGGAGAUGAGACAGAUGGAAAAGCAGAGACUCCUAACCGUUCGAUCUCAGAGUCUGUGGUCACCUGUGAUUCAUCAGCUGUGGGGGAUCAGGAGAGUUUAGUUCUGGAGGCUGCUGGAGGAAACACUGUGCAGUCAGUCUUAGAGCGUGUCUUUGGAGCACAAGCUACAGAUGUGGACACUAUGUAUGUGGUGGACCCGUUGCCAUGGUGCCCACACUUGGAGUCGGUGCGACCGGUGCCCGCAGGAGGGGUCGAUGUCUUCAAGCCAUGUGAAGAGUGUGGAGGUGAAGCAGAAAACUGGAUCUGCCUCUUCUGCUAUAAGGUGCUUUGUGGGCGUUAUGUGAACCAGCACAUGGUGAUCCACGGGCAGGAGUCUGGGCACCCUGUUGUGCUAAGCUUUGCUGACCUUUCUGUGUGGUGUUAUGCUUGUGAAUCAUACGUCCAUAACCAGGUUCUGCAUGAAGCCAAAAAUGCCGCUCAUCUUGUGAAGUUUGGAGAGGGGAUUCAUCCUUUCAACUAAACCAGCAGAGAGAAGUGUAUGCUGGGAGAUGGUGUUUAUAUAAUUGCAUGCCUGAUAUAAAAGACCAAACUGAGUUGUAGUGGACUUUUCAGUUUCUCAGUCCUCCUUCCUCACGUGUACGUUUAUAAAUUUUCAUUGUGCCAAGUGUGUUAGAUCCAACACAGACUAUACUAAUGGAAUUGAUCUUGAAAGGUGUUUUUUUUUAAGUGAACUCUCUGAAAAUUGUCAUAGUAGUUUUUUUUUUUCAAACGGUAGUUUAUAAAGGGUUGUUGUGGAAGAACAUUAGCAUGGUGCUAAAACUAAAACUUUACACCAGCCAAAUGUGUAGUGUUUUAAUAUUUUCGAGUGUUGUGGAUUUCAGUUUUCAUUAUAAGAAUUCAGGCCAAGGAGAUAAAACUGUGGAUGUGACAAAACCACAUUAAACGUAAAGCAAUACAGAGUGCAAUAUUUCCCAAAAUGGAGUUUGAGGACGGUGUACCCAAGUUAUUAUUGUUUUUAUUAUUAUUUUAUAUGUAAAUUUUCUGUAUGUUCAUUUUUGCACAAACAUACUGACACAAACUUUUUGGAAUCAUUUUGUAGCUGUCGGUACAUACUGCAAUCUUAAUAAAACCUUUGUCUUCUUA